AAAAAAAAAAAAAAGGAAAGAAAAGAAAAGAAGAACACCGAAUUUCAGCAAAUUAAGUUCUCUCACAACUGGUUCAUAUAUUUCUUGCUAGCUAGGUACAAUAAUGGCGAAGUACUAUGAUAAUUACUACUCAUCGCGGACAGUAGAAAUGACUGUGUUAUCCGGCGAAGAUCUCCGAUUGGCCAGAAAAUCCGUCAAGAAGAACACGUUCGUGGUUGUCCGAUCCGACGGAAGCAACUUUCGGACGACGGAGAUGGACGGCGGCGAAAGCGGAAGCCGUCCCAACUGGAACGAGAAGCUUGUCCUCGACUUGCCGGCGCACGCGCAGGCCGUGACUCUGGAAGUACACUGCAAGACUGCGUUUGGCGACAAAAUUGUCGGAACGGUGUCGGUUCCGGUGGCGGACUUUUCAGGUGGAUACUUGUCGGAGAGUGGUUACUUGCACUUCUUGAGCUACAGAUUGAGAGAUUCUAGGGGCGAGAAGAAUGGAAUUAUUAAUGUCUCUGUGAGGAUGGAAGUGCCGAUACCGGAGUACACGUGUUCGGCAUCGGUGUUGGCGCCGGAGCAGAUGACAGUGGGAGUGCCGGUUGGAAAGAGUAACUUUGGGGGCGUUGUGACUGGGGUUCCUGUUUUGUGUGCCUAUAAUAACAGAAACUUUUGAUGGAAUUUCGUCCCCGUUCGAUUUGAGGCCUUUUUUUCAUUGAUAUUUAUUCAUUUAUUGCGAAAAAGAUACGUAAAAUAGAACAUUGACCCUGUAAAGCAAAUUGCAUAGAAUGGAUUCUUGAUUUAUUGAUGAUGAAAUAAGGCGUGCAUGUGAAUAUUCACUUCAUGAUAGAUUCCCGGUAGCUUUUUAUGAAAAGUUUUCUUCAUUAUAGUUUGUUCCUA